UUUUUUGCAACAAGGAGAGAGGAUCACAAGAACCGGAUCAAUAAUUUUAUCCAAUAAUGGAGGAUAUGAAUUCUGGUUAUUUGAGUCCUAAAGAGCCAUUGUUGAAUGUUAAUGAGAGUUGUGGACCGAGUGGAGGUAACACGUACCACUCACUAAGGACUGGAUUUUUAUCAAGAUUGCCCGAUAAGGUUCGGACUGUUCUUGAUCUCGAAUCUUCUUUUCACUUUAAUGUCUCUAAAACUAAAGGGCUUAGCAAAGAUGAAAAGGAGUACUAUGAAAAACAAUUUGCGACGUUAAAAUCCUUCCAGGAAGUUGAUACUUUGAUGACAACUGAUACGAUCGAUGAAGAAGAUGAUGAAGAACAAGUGCAGGCUGAAAAGGCUAUGAAGAUCUCUAAUUAUGCCAACAUUGUGCUUUUGGUGUUUAAGAUUUAUGCUACAAUAAGGACAGGAUCCAUAGCAAUUGCUGCCUCCACAUUAGAUUCUUUGCUUGAUCUCAUGGCUGGUGGGAUACUCUGGUUCACUCACAUAUCGAUGAAAAACAUAAAUAUCUACAAGUACCCUAUUGGAAAAUUAAGGAUGCAACCAGUGGGAAUAAUCAUCUUUGCUGCUGUCAUGGCCACACUUGGUUUUCAGAUUUUGGUCCUAGCUGCUGAAGAAUUAAUUGAAGAUGAAACACAUAAGAAGAUGUCUUCAAAUCAACUGUUAUGGCUUUACAUAAUCAUGAUAGCUGCUUCUGUGGUGAAACUGGCACUUUGGAUUUACUGUAGAAGCUCAGGAAAUAGUAUAGUUCGUGCCUAUGCAAAGGAUCACUAUUUUGAUGUGGUGACGAAUGUGGUAGGAUUAGUUGCCGCUGUUCUUGGGGAUAAAUACUACUGGUGGAUUGACCCUGCUGGUGCUAUUCUUCUAGCUGUUUACACAAUUACAAAUUGGUCUGGAACUGUCAUUGAAAAUGCAGUUUCUCUUGUUGGGCAAACAGCUCCACCUGAAGUCUUGCAGAAAUUGACAUAUCUUGUCACAAGGCACCCUCAAGUCAAGCGUGUAGACACAGUCCGUGCUUAUACCUUUGGUGUUCUUUAUUUUGUAGAGGUUGACAUUGAACUUCCAGAGGAACUGCCUCUAAAGGAAGCACAUGCUAUUGGAGAGACAUUGCAGGACAAGAUUGAAAAACUCCCGGAAGUUGAGCGGGCAUUUGUUCAUCUUGAUUUCGAAUGCGAACACAAACCAGAGCACUCUGUUCUCAGCAGGUUACCCAACAGUUAGCCUUGAUCUAUAUAACAUCAUGUGUAAAUUGCACACUGCCGUUGAUUUCAUUUGUGUCAUUUACUGUUACAUAUUUGGGAUCCAGUGUGUCACUUUCACUGCGAAUCUGUUUAGUCUGAGAGCCCUGGUUUUGUACAGGUGGUACUUGUAGUGUAUUAAACAGAGCAACUCUUUGUUUUCUUGCAAGGCAGCUAGGUUGAUACAUGAAAGUUAUGUUGUUGUACAUUUUUGGUCGGCAUGCUUUGGCUGAUGGUUGUGGCACUUUCAUUGUGCCCUUCGACGCUUUCUGUUUUUUUACUCUCUUCAAACAGUAAAAGCCCAAACUUUGUUAUGAAA